AGGAAAUUCCCCUUUCCUUGACUUUUCCUCUCUGUUAGUGGAAAGCCAGACUUAUUGAACUCCACAUACUCCAACAUCCAAAAAUUAAAAAGUCAGAUUCUUCUUUCGUAGAAUGUUUGAUCUCUGCUUCAUUAGUGUUAUAUAAUAACUCUUCUGCUGAGGUUUCUUAGAUCACUCCAAACUGCCAUGCUUGACUACUACCAAGUAUGGAAUUUCUUCAUAAAACUUCGUCUUCCUUCUUGAUCACGGUAUCUGUUUUUCUUGCUGAGUCCCGCACUUUUUCUUUUGAAAACAUGGGCGGUGAUUUGCUCCUUAACCCAGUUUUCUUGCGUUUCUUCACCGCCUCUUUGCACCUGGUUUUGUUGGUUGUCGUGUUAUUCUCAUGGGUUUUCAAGAAAUUUAGGAGCAAUGGGGAUGAACGCUGGAAACACAGUGUUAGGCACGUUAGUGUUUUGUACUACAGGCCAACUCUGUUUUCGUGUUUGGGUCUUUCGUUCUUUAAUCUCAUUCUAUGCGUGUUGAACCUCUUUUAUUGGUAUAGAAAUGGUUGGUCUGAUGAAAAGAUUCUGACUUUACUGGAUUUGGGGGUGAGAACACUAGCUUGGUUAGCUCUCUAUCUUUUCUUGCAAUUCCAUUUCUUGAAUUCGAGGGAAAACAAGUACCCGUUUGCUUUGAGACUGUGGUGGGUGCUUUUCUUCUUCAUAUCCUGUUAUUGCCUUGUAAUAGACGUUUCCUAUUACAGAAAACACCAGACUUUAUCAACUCUGUUUUGGGCCUCUGAUAUUGUUUCAUCGGUAAUGGGUUUAGUUUUUUCUUAUGUCGCCUUUCUGGGUAAGAAAAUGGAUGAAGAUACCACUCUUCAACAACACCUUUUAAAUGGUAGUGCUGCUAAUGGUAGAGAGUCUCACAUACCUCUCAAAGGGGAUGAGACUGUGACUCCUUAUGCUACUGCUGGUAUUUAUAGUCUCUUUUCUUUCUCUUGGGUGGGUCCUUUGAUAUCCCUUGGGUACAAGAAAACGCUGAACCUGGAGGAUGUUCCUCAGCUCCACAAUCCUGAUACGGCUGGUGGGGCAUUUCCAAUUUUGAACAGGAAGCUGGAGUCUUAUCGUGGAGGAAGUAACAGAAUCACGACAAUCAUGCUGGCUAAGGCAUUGGUUUUCACCAGCAGGAGGGAAAUUGCGGUAUCUGCUGUCUAUGUGCUCGUGAGCACAGUGGCUUCUUAUGUUGGUCCAUACCUUAUUGACACUUUUGUUCAAUACUUAAAUGGACAUAGACAUUUCGAAAAUGAGGGCUUUGUAUUAGUUUCUGCUUUUUUCAUCUCAAAGUUGUUCGAGUGUUUGGCACAGAGACAUUGGUUUUUUAAGGUGCAACAGGCUGGGUAUAGGGCGAGCGCAGCGUUGGUUGCCAAAAUCUAUAACAAGGGAUUGACUCUUUCGUGCCAAUCAAAGCAAGGGCAAACAACCGGGGAAAUUAUAAAUUACAUGUCUGUUGACGCUACGAGGAUAGGUCACUUUGGUUGGUAUAUGCAUGAUCCAUGGAUGGUUGUUUUACAGGUUGUCCUGGCAUUGGCAAUCUUAUAUAGAAAUCUUGGGCUUGCUUCGGUAGCUGCGCUUAUCUCUAGUGUCUUGGUGAUGUUAGCAAAUGUUCCACUAGGAAGUUUGCAGGAGAAGUAUCAGGAUGAGUUGAUGAAAUCAAAAGACAAAAGGAUGAAGGUGACCUCUGAAGUCUUGAGGAAUAUGAGAAUUCUCAAACUUCAGGCUUGGGAGUUGAGGUUCCUCUAUAAAAUUCUGGAUGUUAGGAAUGAUGAGACAAUUUGGUUGAAGAAAUAUCUUUAUACUAAAGCUGUCAGCACAUUUGUGUUUCUGGAUGCUCCUAUAUUUGUGUCUGUGGUGACUUUUGGUGCUUGUAUGCUAAUGGGAAUACCACUUGAGUCGGGAAAGAUACUAUCUGCGGUUGCAACCUUUAAAAUUCUUCAAGAGCCUAUUUAUAAACUUCCUGAUACAGUAUCCAUGAUUGUUCAGACUAAGGUUUCUCUUGAUCGAAUCGCAUCAUUUCUUUCACUUGAUGACCUACCACCAGAUGUUGUAGAGAAGCUUCCAGCUAAUAGUUCUGUUACAGCUGUUGAGGUAAUCAAUGGAAACUUUUCCUGGGAUGUAUCAUCUCCUAGUCCUACACUGAAAGAUAUUAACUUUAGGGUAUCUCAUGGAAUGAGGGUUGCGAUUUGUGGCACAGUUGGCUCUGGCAAGUCAAGCUUACUUUCUUGUAUUUUGGGGGAAAUGCCAAAAAUAUCUGGGGUUAUUAGGCUCUCGGGAACAACGGCCUAUGUUGCUCAGUCACCUUGGAUUCAAAGUGGAAAGAUUGAAGAAAAUAUACUGUUUGGUACGGAGAUGGACAGACAACGGUAUGACAGGGUCCUGGAAGCAUGUUCACUGAAGAAAGACCUGGAAAUUCUCUCAUUUGGAGAUCAGACUGUUAUUGGCGAGAGGGGAAUCAACUUGAGUGGUGGACAGAAGCAGAGGAUACAGAUUGCUCGUGCACUCUACCAAGAUGCCAGCAUAUAUUUAUUUGAUGAUCCAUUUAGCGCUGUGGAUGCACAUACAGGAACUCAUAUUUUCAAUGAAUGCAUUCUGGGGCUUUUAGAUUCCAAAACUGUUAUCUAUGUUACCCACCAAGUGGAGUUUCUGCCCGCAGCAGACCUUAUUUUGGUCAUGAAAGAUGGACUAAUUAAACAAGCUGGCAAGUAUAGUGACAUUCUGAAAUCUGGAAGUGACUUUAUGGAACUUGUUGGUGCUCACGAGGUGGCUUUAUCAGCUCUUGAUUCCAUUGAUGCUGGGAAAUCAGCUGUAGGUGAGGAAAAAAGCUUUAAAAAUGCUGAGUCUGUCUUGCAUGAACACGAUUCUGGAAAUGACGCAAAUGAUAAAGUAGAUAAUGGUGGGGGAAACAAGGGACAGCUUGUUGAAGAAGAAGAAAGAGGGAAAGGAAAUGUUGGAUUAUCAGUUUACUGGAAGUAUAUCACAACAGCAUAUGGAGGAUUUCUAGUACCCUUUCCAUUAUUAGCACAGAUACUGUAUCAGGUACUUCAAAUUGGAAGCAAUUAUUGGAUGGCUUGGGCGACUCCUGUGUCAAAGGAUGUGGCACCUCACGUUCAAGGCUCAAUUCUCAUCCUUGUCUAUGUUGCUUUGUCAUUGGGAUGUUCUUUCUGCAUUUUUGCCCGGGCCUUGCUCAUGGUGACAAUCGGGUACAAGACAGCAAAUAUACUCUUUAACAAGAUGCAUCUCUGUAUAUUUCGUGCCCCCAUGUCCUUCUUCGACUCCACCCCCAGUGGGCGAAUUCUCAAUAGAGUAUCCGCAGACCAAAAUAAAGUAGACUUGAACAUGGCAUCCAUAAUUGGGCAAUUUGCUUUUGUCAUAAUAGAGCUUCUAGGAAUUAUUGCUAUCAUGUCGCAAAGUGCCUGGCAGGUCUUCAUUAUCUUUAUCCUUGUGAGUGCUAUUUGCAUAUGGUUGCAGCGAUAUUACAUAGCUUCUGCCAGAGAACUCACUCGACUAUGUGGAGUGUGCAAAGCUCCAGUUAUACAGCACUUUUCGGAAACACUUUCAGGGUCGAGCACAAUUAGAAGUUUUGGUCAGGAAGGCAGAUUCCAUGACAGAGGCAUGAGACUCAUAGAUGGAUAUUCACGGCCUAAGUUUUAUACUGCUGCUGCCCUGGAAUGGCUAUGCAUUCGUUUGGAUGUGUUAUCUCUUGUAACUUUUGCCUUUUCGUUGAUUUUCCUGGUUGCUAUUCCAGAAGGAACCAUUGAUCCAAGUCUUGCUGGGCUGGCAGUGACAUACGGCCUUAAUUUGAAUAUGAUGCAAGCAUUGGUUGUGUGGAUUCUUUGCUCUAUGGAAAAUGGAAUCAUAUCAGUCGAAAGAAUCCUUCAGUACACUUCUAUUCCAAUAGAACCCGCCCUUGUAGUAGAGUCAAACAGGCCAGAGAGUCAUUGGCCAAUACAUGGAGAAGUUGAUAUCCAAGAUCUUCAGGUCCGAUAUGCUCCUCACAUGCCGUUUGUGCUACGAGGCAUUACAUGUACUUUCUUAGGGGGGAAGAAGACUGGAAUGGUAGGGAGGACAGGAAGUGGUAAAUCGACUCUAAUUCAGACCCUCUUCCGCAUUGUCGAACCAACUGUUGGAAAAAUAUUGAUCGAUGGUCUCGAUAUCUCAACCAUCGGACUUCAUGAUUUACGAUCUAGAUUAAGCAUAAUCCCACAGGACCCAAUCAUGUUUGAGGGGACCAUCCGAAGCAACCUGGAUCCCCUUCAAGAGUAUACAGACGAGCAGAUAUGGGAGGCUCUUGAUAAAUGCCAGCUUGGUGAUGAGGUCCGGAGAAAGACAGGAAAGCUCGAUUCUGCAGUGUCUGAGAAUGGAGAGAACUGGAGCGUCGGUCAAAGGCAGCUAGUUUGUCUCGGGCGUGUGCUGCUAAAGAAAAGCAAGGUUCUGGUGCUUGACGAGGCAACUGCAUCAGUCGACACUGCAACCGAUAACCAGAUUCAACAAACGCUCAAGCAGCAUUUCAGUGACUCAACAGUGAUAACAAUCGCACACAGGAUAACAUCUGUGCUCGACAGCGAUGUGGUUUUACUAUUAGACAACGGACUUGUUAAGGAAUAUGAUAGUCCAGAAAAGUUGCUGGAGGACAAGUCGUCUUCGUUCGCAAAGCUCGUAGCAGAAUACAGCAUGAGAUCAUCAUCAAGUUCCAGUUCCGAAAAUCUUUCGAAUGCACGAGCAUGAGUAGUAUGGAAAGGACGAAAACCCGCCAAAAAUUCCACGCAAGUGUUUCUCCAGAAGACGAAUCGACGUUGGUUCGCGUGGAAGAUGAAUUAAUAGACGAAAUUGGGAGAGCUCUCAUCAUUUUGCCUGUUCGUUCGUUCGCGUCGUUUUCUUGCAUGGAGCACAUCCCAUGAAAAUGUGUGUUUUUAAUUUUUGUAUAAAUGUUUGUGUGAGAAUAUGAAUAUAUAUAUAUAUUGGUAUUAGUUGGUGAAAUCGUACUUUAUGUGGU